CUUUGGAAACAUGGAGCUGCUGUGCUGCGAGGUGGAUCCCAUGAGGAGAGCUCUGCCCGACCCCAACUUGCUCUACGACGACCGCGUUUUGCACAACUUACUAACCAUAGAGGAGAGGUACCUGCCCCAGUGCUCCUACUUCAAGUGCGUCCAGAAGGACAUCCAGCCCUUCAUGAGGAGGAUGGUGGCCACUUGGAUGCUGGAGGUCUGCGAAGAGCAGAAGUGCGAGGAAGAAGUCUUCCCCCUGGCCAUGAAUUACUUGGACAGAUUCUUAGCCGUGGUGCCCACUCGCAAAUGCCAUCUGCAGCUGCUGGGAGCGGUCUGCAUGUUCCUGGCCUCCAAGCUGAAGGAGACAAUCCCCCUCACAGCCGAGAAGCUGUGCAUAUAUACGGACAAUUCCAUCCGACCCCAAGAGCUGCUGGAAUGGGAGCUGGUGGUGCUGGGGAAGUUGAAGUGGAACCUCGCAGCCGUCACCCCGCAUGAUUUCAUUGAACACAUCCUAAGGAAGCUGCCUCUACCUAAAGACAAGUUGCUUUUGAUCCGGAAGCAUGCCCAAACGUUCAUUGCCCUUUGUGCCACAGAUUUUAACUUUGCCAUGUACCCACCGUCAAUGAUAGCAACUGGAAGUGUGGGAGCAGCCAUCUGUGGCCUUCAGCUCGAUGACGGGGACAGCCUUACGGACCUCCUGGCCAAGAUCACAAACACAGAUGUGGACUGCCUUAAAGCUUGUCAAGAACAGAUCGAGGCGGUGCUAGUAAACAGCCUUAGGCAAGUCCGGCAGCAGCAACAGCAAAGCAAUCCUUCCAAGACGGUGGAUGAACUGGACCAGGCCAGCACUCCCACAGAUGUGAGAGAUAUCAACCUGUGA